GGAAAUUUUUGAAUUUUUUUGUUGAUAAAUAAUGAAAAUAAGCUCGAAAAUGGAAAUGUUUUCUUAAUAAUUUGUAUUUAACCUUUUCGCUACUGCACCUGAUUUCGUUGAAUGGCGGAUAUCGAUAAAGUAAAGAUACUUGUCGUCGGAGACUCCGGAGUUGGAAAAUCUUCACUUACUCAUCUACUCACUCAUAAAACACCAGCAAAUAAACCAACAUGGACUGUAGGCUGCUCAGUUGAAGUAAAACUUCACGAAUAUAAAGAGGGUACUCCUCAACAGAAAACUUAUUUCAUAGAGUUAUGGGAUGUUGGUGGAAGUUCGAGUCAUCGUAACACUAGACAUGUAUUUUAUUCCGGCGUUCAUGGUGUAAUAUUGGUACACGAUUUAACCAAUCGAAAAUCUCAAGAAAAUCUCCAAAAAUGGCUCGGUGAAGUUUUAAAUAGAGAUAAUAAUUCAAAACAGAAGAAAAAUGAGGAAUACGAUGUCGAACAGUUCGUUGGCAGCUCACAAAUUCCUGUUCUGGUUAUUGGUACUAAACUCGAUCUGGUUGGCGAAUCACGUUCGCGUACUUUAAAAAGGUCCUCAUUUAUUUGCGAUGAAUAUGGUGCCGAUGAAAUAUUUCUGGAUUGUCAACAAGUCAGGUCAAUAGCUCCUGGAACUAGUUCAGCUGUAAAAUGCAGUCGGUUUUUCGAUAAAGUUAUCGAGGUCAAGUAUAAUUAUCACAUAGGUGAUAAAAGGAAAGUGUACUUCAAUGCGACUAGUCCAAAUAAGUAUUUUCACAAUGAUUAACGGCCAGAGUUGAAUUUUAUCCUUUUUAAUAUUGAAAGUUGUGUACGUUUAAAGGAUGAAAAAUAACUUAGGACUAUCCAGUAUAAAAAAUUGUUUAAUUGAAAGUACUAAAUAUUUUGAAAAAAAUCAAAAGAUAAAUUCUUUUAAAAUUACAUCCAUAUUCCUUGAAAAUAGCUGAGAACUUUCAUAUAAAAUUAAAACUUCUAGGUAUACCAAUUCCAUGAGAACCAAUUUUUUUCUCAUCAUCUACUGGUCAUAUCGCAUCAUUCAUCAUUCCUACAAAAAGACAAUUCAUUUUAACAUUAAUUGUCUUGUAAGUUUUGUAUCAUAAAGUUAUUGCCAUUACCAUUAGAUAAAUUUGUAAUUUGUUUUUAAUAAAAUUAAUUUUACCUUUUUA